AUGGUCGCCUUCUCAUCCCUCGUAGUCGCCCUCUCGGCCGUCGCCGGAGCCCUCGCCGGCCCCACCCCCGACGUCCACGACAAGCGGGCGACCCCCAGCUCCACGGGCACGCACAACGGCUACUACUACUCGUGGUGGACCGACGGCGGCUCCGACGUCACGUACACCAACGAGGCCGGCGGCCAGUACAGCGUCAGGUGGGGCGGCGGCGGCGGCAACUUUGUGGGCGGGAAGGGGUGGAAGCCCGGUGGCCCAAAGACCAUCUCCUACUCGGGAAGCUACAACCCCAACGGCAACAGCUACCUCGCCGUCUAUGGGUGGACCAAGAACCCGCUCGUCGAGUACUACGUCGUCGAGAACUUUGGCACCUACAACCCGGCCUCCAACGCGCAGAAGAAGGGCUCCGUCACCACCGACGGGGGCGUCUACGACAUCUACGUCAGCACGCGGACCAACCAGCCCAGCAUCGAGGGCACAUCCACCUUCCAGCAGUACUGGUCCAUUCGCCAGGACAAGCACACCGGUGGCAACGUCACCACGGGCAACCACUUCGCCGCGUGGGAGAAGGCUGGCCUGAGGUUGGGCUCGCACGACUACAUGAUCGUCGCCACCGAGGGCUACUUCAGCAGCGGGUCGGCCACCAUCAAGGUCGAGACCCCGCCAUGA